UCGCCAGAACUGAAAGCUCGCGUGGCUUUGAGCCGCUUGUGUUUGUCUAUUUCAGGAAGAGCAGAGGAAACUCGAGCCCAGCACACACCGACAUGUAAGGCAGAGCUUUAACCCGCGGCUGUCCGUGCUCUGUCGGACUCUUUCAGGCUUUUAAAGCCACAGUCCGGUUUGAUUUCCGCAAGAGUUCUCGCGCCGGAGGAGAAAGAAGAUGGUGCUGCGGCUCAGAGAGCAGAGGCAGGCAUGCGGUCGGAGCGCGUGAGUCGUGUGUGUAUCGUGGUCCUGGAGGAGGUGGAAGACGACGAACCCUCCCCUCUGCAUUCCAAAGCCGCCCCGGACCACAUUUCCCAGAAUUCCUCUCAGGACGAGAAGCCCUCUCUGAUUAAAGCCAUAUUUAACGGGGACGCAGAUGAAGUUCGCUCUCUCAUAUUCAAGAAAGAAGACGUCAAUGUACAGGACAGUGAGAAGAGAACGCCGCUUCACGCUGCUGCUUACCUGGGCGACGCUGAGAUCAUAGAGCUGCUCAUCCUGUCAGGGGCGAGAGUGAAUGCCAAAGAUAAUAAAUGGCUCACUCCUCUUCAUCGGGCCGUAGCUUCCUGUAGUGAGGAGGCUGUGCAGGUGCUGCUGAAACACUCGGCGGAUGUGAACGCACGGGAUAAGAACUGGCAGACACCGCUGCAUGUGGCCGUGUCCCAUAAAGCCGUGCGCUGCGCAGAGGCAUUAGUCCCAUUGCUAAGUAACGUCAACGUGUCGGACCGCGCCGGACGUACAGCUCUACACCACGCGGCCUUCAGCGGACACCUGGAGAUGGUUCAGUUGCUGGUGUCCAGAGGUGCAAACGUCAAUGCUUUUGAUAAGAAGGACAGACGAGCCGUUCACUGGGCCGCAUACAUGGGUCAUCUGGAGGUGAUGAAGUUUCUGGUGUCUCACGGCGCUGAGGUUUGCUGUAAGGAUAAGAAAUCCUACAGUCCUCUUCACGCCGCUGCCUCCAGUGGAAUGAUCAACGUCGUCAAAUACCUGCUCAAUCUGGGCGUUGAUAUUAAGGAGCCGAACUCGUAUGGAAACUCUGCUCUGCACCUGGCGUGUUUUAACGGGCAGGACGUGGUGGUGAAUGAGCUGAUCGAAGCAGGCGCUGAUGUCAAUCAGGUGAAUGAGAAGGGCUUCUCCCCGCUGCACUUCACCGCUGCGUCCCGCCAGGGGGCACUCUGUCUCGAGCUGCUCAUCGCCAACAGAGCCAACGUCAACAGCAAGAGUAAAGAUGGUAAAACUCCUCUCCACAUGGCAGCCAUUCACGGGCGAUACUCCAGAUCACAGGCCAUCAUUCAGAACGGCGCAGAGAUCGACAGCGAGGACGAGAACGGAAACUCUCCGCUUCAUGUAGCGGCUCGUUACGGUCACGAGCUGCUCAUCAACACUCUCAUAACUAACGGUGCAGACACGGCAAAGCGGGGCAUCCACGGAAUGUUCCCUCUGCAUCUGGCGGCUCUGAGCGGAUUUUCGGACUGCUGCCGGAAACUGCUCUCCUCAGGUUUUGACGUCGACACGCCGGAUGACUUUGGCAGGACGUGUCUGCAUGCUGCAGCUGCAGGAGGGAAUCUGGAGUGUUUAAAUCUGUUGCUCAACACAGGUGCGGACUUUAAUAGGAAAGACAGAUUUGGGAGGACGGCGCUGCAUUACGCUGCUGCUAACUGUAACUAUCAGUGUGUGUUUGCUCUGGUGGGCUCCGGAGCCAGUGUGAACGAGCGGGACGUCAGGGGCUGCAGUCCUCUGCACUACACCGCUGCCGCAGACUCGGACGGCAAGUGUCUGGGGUAUCUGUUGAGGAAUGAUGCGAAUCCAGCUCUCAGGGAUAAAGACGGAUACAGCGCCGUUCACUACGCCUCAGCGUACGGCCACCGAGUGUGUCUGGAGCUGAUCGCCAAUGAAACUCCGUUAGAUGUGGCAGCCAUGAACGGUCACGCUGAGUGUCUGCGUCUGCUCAUCCACAGCAGCGACCAGCAGACGGCCGUCAGCAUGCGUGAUGGGAAGGGACAGACUCCUCUGAUGUUGGCGGUUCUGGGUGGACACACAGAUUGUGUGUAUCUUCUGUUGAGUGAAGGAGCCGGUGUGGAGGCCAGAGAUAAAUGGGGCAGGACGGCCCUCCACCGCGGGGCAGUGAUGGGUCACCAGGGGUGUGUGGAGAUGCUGUUGCAGCACGGCUCCAGUCUGCUGGUUCAGGACAGCAGGGGGCGCUCUCCUAUGCACCUGGCGGCUGCCUGCGGUCAUGUGGGGGUCCUGAGGGCCCUUCUGAAGGCCCAGAAGACUGUCCUCGUCCUCAAGGACAACUGUGGUUACACACCGCUGCACUGGGCCUGUUAUAACGGUCAUGACGCGUGUGUUGAGCUGCUGUUAGAGCACGAUGUGUUUCACAGGCCGGAGGGAAACUCCUUCAGUCCGCUGCACUGCGCCGUUAUCAAUGAUAAUGAGUCUGCGGCUGAGAUGCUGAUAGAGACUUUAGGUCCAGCGAUUGUAAACGCCACAGACUCUCAGUCCAGGACUCCGCUUCACGCCGCGGCGUACACCGAUCACGGGGAGUGUCUGCAGCUGCUGCUGGGUCACAACGCUCAGGUCAACGCCAUCGACAUGCUGGGAAAAACAGCGCUCAUGAUGGCUGCCGAGAAUGGACAGACUAACGCCGUGGAGGUGCUGGUGAGCGGCGCUAAAGCUGAUAUGACGUUACAGGACGCUCACAGAAACACAGCCCUGCAUCUGGCCUGCAGUAAGGGACAUGAAACCAGUGCCUUGUUAAUUCUUGAGAAGGUGACGGACAGAAACCUCAUAAACUGCACAAAUGCCGCGCUGCAGACGCCGCUGCACGUCGCUGCUCGUCACGGACUGACUGUGCUCGUACAGGAGCUGCUGGGUAAAGGAGCCAGUGUCCUCGCCGUGGAUGAGAACGGUUACACUCCAGCUUUGGCUUGUGCCCCAAACAAAGACGUGGCCGACUGUUUGGCUCUGAUCCUCUCCUCCAUGAUGCCCAUCUCUCCCAGCAGCACCGGCACCAUGUCCAGCCUCACCUUUACCACCAUCAACCACUACUCCAGCCCAUCCAAGACCGUGACCUUUGACCCUUUACCUGUGCUGCGCUCCAAGCACGUCUCCUACCGCAAAUUCAACAGCCUGGGCCGCGAGGACGGCCUCAUCGUCCCCAAUGACGAACUCAACGAUUCAGACUCAGAAACGUACUGAAAACACACCCCCUCCCGCCCCUCAGUGUCUUAAUCUAACACCUCAUUGGCUGAAAGGUGACUAUAUGCUAAUUAGGGUCGUCCCUUUAUGACCGGUGUGGCCGAAGUCUCAGGAGAAAGUGGAAAAACAGGAAAAUAAUGCCACAGAAAUGGCCCACAUUACAGUCCAGUUUGUUUAUUCUCUACAGUAUCGAGCUGUUUGAACCCUCAAGCAUCACUAAAACAUUAUUUUAAAGCCAAGUUCAUUUUAUGAGAAGCAAACGGCUCAUAUUGACAGCUGUGGGACUGUAAUUCCCAGCAUUUAUGUGAAACACGAGGAGGCGAAACUAAACUAAAGACGUCAGGGACCAAGAGCUGCAGACUCUACUUUUAUCCCCGUUUGUGCAUGAAGAUUGGAUUUGGGUUUGCAUCACCAUGGAUUAUUUAUUAUGAAAAAAUGAAGAGCAAAAAAAGCCUUUCAGGGUUCAAAUGGAGUAUUUAUUCCUCUGCUGUUGUGAGGAAUUAUAGCGUUCUUCCUGCUGUGUGUGAGAGAGAUUGUGAAUUUGAAUGUGUGUGUGUGUGUGUUUUUAUAAGAGUUUAAAAACAAUGAAAAGAUCAGGUGUGUGACUUGACCUUUUGGUACAUUGUUAGCAAUUAUUAAUAAUUAU